CCGCCUCUCGGUAUUUCGCGAGCUGAUGACCUCGCAGGCAGUCGUGCACUCACCUCCGCAUCGACUCGAUCGAAGCACCGCAGUCUCCCUUCGGCAACGCUGAAGGGUCAGCGCGCGUGGCAGUGGUGGGUCAGCGAAAAAUGCGAUAGAAACGGAGGGAUACGACUACAAGAGAGAGAGAGAGAGGACGAGGAAGAAAACGAGGUGGGUUUGUACGACCGAUGAGAGAGCACCAUGUGCUCGAUCGUACCGGUCUGGCGGCGGAGGGCUGCCCUCCUCGGCACGAUGUUGCUGCUAUUGUCCUGGGGAACAGACGCGGCGGAGGGCUGCCCGAGCAUGUGCGCGUGCAAGUGGAAGGGCGGGAAGGAAUGGGUCGAGUGCGCGAACCGCGGUCUCAAAGGAUUGCCGCAGGGCGCCCGAGAGGAGACGCAGGUGCUCGACUUGUCGGGCAAUCAUCUGGUCAGCCUGCCGCCGGAAUGCUUCCGCGCCCUUGGCUUGAUCAACCUACAGCGACUCUAUCUGGGCAAGUCUCAGAUCAGUCGCAUCGCCUCGGAGGCGUUCGUCGGCCUGGUCGGCCUAGUGGAGCUCGAUCUGUCUGAGAACAAAAUCGAGGAGGUGCCUACGGACACGUUCGCGUCCUAUUCGAGUUUGAUGAGGCUUAUACUGAACGGGAAUCCGAUCAAGGAGAUUCGCCAAGGCGCGUUUCUCCAUCUGGCGCAUCUGACCAACUUGGAGAUCAGCAAAUGCGCUAUAGAGGUCGUCGAGCAGAACGCUUUCGAGGGCCUCCAGUCGUUGGAGUGGCUCCGGCUGGACGGCAAUCGACUCACCUACGUGCCAGAUCACACUCUGCCGCUCGGGGGAAAUCUCAGAGGAUUGACUCUUCACAAUAACCCGUGGCAGUGCGACUGUAGAUUGCGAAUAAUGCAGACCUGGCUGAAGGAGUCGGCGCCGGCGGCGCCACAGGAAUCCGAACCCGUCUGCGAUUCCCCGGCGAGGCUGCAAGGCAAGCAGAUCAAGAGUCUUAAGGCCAACGAAUUAGCCUGCCUGCCGCGUAUCGAUCUUCAAGAUCACUUGGAGAUCUACGAGGGCGGAAAUGUCACUUUGAGAUGCGACGUUCACGCGGUUCCGACCGCCAAAGUCACUUGGUGGUUCAACGGAGAACCGUGCGAGCUGCAGCACGAAAACAAUUCCAUGGCCGGCAGUAUUUCUGCAUUUCCGAGGUGCAUCUAUCGACAACGAGGCGGGACCAACAUGAGCAGCACGCUGUUCCUCUUCUCGGUCGAGUCGCUCGACGAGGGCAUCUACAGCUGUAUCGCGGAAAACAGCGCGGGUUCUGCAGUGGCGAAUCUUUCUCUCCGCGUGCUCUUCCGCGAGAAACCCACCAUGGAGCCACCUUCCGACAAUCCUGGUUCCGGCUACUUGGUCGCGAUUGUCGCGGGCGCGCUGGUAGGCACUCUUCUGGCACUGGGCUGUUUGGUGGGUAGCGUGAUAUACUGCGCGAAGAAGCGGCGUAGCGACCGAAAGCGCAAUUCGAAAGCGUUGGUGACGCAGAGCAAAUCGGUGCUGCCGAUCACGAAAGACACCACCAGCAGCGCCUGCCGAAAGGGUAACGGUAGCCUGAUCGGUGGUCUCGAACAUCAGCAGAUGGUCUCGUAUACCGAGCGUGAGAUCAAUCGCGCGGCCACUUUGGAACGCCGGGAGCACACCAGGAACAAUCACCUAGAUCGGGAUGCGUAUUCAGUGGCAAGUCCGGUCGCCAAGUAUCUGACCGAGCCUGAUCUGAUCAACGAGGUGCCUGAAAACACCGAGGUAGGCUACGGUCAGCUGUACGGACGGCAUCAUCAGCGUGCCGGCGGCAUCGAUCGGCAGGUCCUGGAGUACGACUCGGGCUAUCCGCUGCAGCCCGAUCUGCGACCGCCGCCGGUUCUGCCGCAGAUGAGCUACCUGGAUCAGGAUGGCUACCCGCUCAAUUUCGGCCUGCCCAAGAUCACCUUCAGCACUGCCAGCACUCUGCCCAGGCUCCGGCAACGUAUGUCGGAGCCAGGCUCGGCGGCCGCGCCGGCAGCCAGAUACUCGCGCGAGGCGGAAUUCCUCGCGAGAUCACCGGGAUACGAUCCCAUUUUACCGCGCACCGACGCCAGGUACACCGCCGAGGGUUAUCCUUAUCCGGUGCAUCAGCAUCAACACCAGCAUCAACAUCAGCAUCAGCAUCAACAGCAACAACAACAGUCACAACCGCAGACGAUACAGCCACCCCCGCCGAUUCAACCGGUCGAGCAACCGAUUCAACAACAGCUGCCCAUUCAGUCGCCAGUCUCGCCGGUCGCUGUUUUCCCGGAGGUACCCUUCAUACCGUCACCUCCGGCGGCUUACAGAGGUGAAACCACCCCGCUGUCGCCGCGAUCGCUCCUCGGCAAAACCGCUCGCGAGGCCGCGGCCGCGGCCGCCGCGAGGGCCGAGGAGAUCCAACCGCCGAAUCAUCCAGAAAGUCCCGACGAGGGCUACGUGGGAGACGCCAUGGACGUCUGAAAAAUCCGAACCGAACGAGAGUUCGGGAAUCGGAUAUAAGAAACGUGGGAAAUACAUCCUGGAUCUACCGCGAAUAAAAUUAAUACAUCGUUUACUUUUUACGGGUUUACUCUCAGUUUUUAUCUACUGAAAAAAAAAAGGAUCGGAUUGAUCGAUUUCUUUGCGGAAAACGUCGCAAUUAAAAUUUUUUAAAAAUAUACAUAGAAGAAAUUGUUUUAACGAGAUUGUACAAACUUUCUUUAAAGUAUACCAAGAUAUAGUUAACAUUUGUUACUCGAUUUUUGCUAAAAAGAAUUUUAUCUUAGAAGAUUUAAUUUUAAGAAUUUACACAUGUUGCACAAAUAUUUAAACAUUUUUGUAUUAAGUACUUCAAUCAUUUCGAAUAUAAGAAAAUUAAUUUGAGAACAGAAAUGUUCAUCGUUUUGAUGCAAAAAUUUUCAUAUGAGUCAAGAGGGAAGACCUGUCCUCAUUCUUUUUGCUCAACAUAUUGACCCAGCAGACAGAAUAACGUCAUUUAUAUUUGCAUACAAAUUUUCGAGUAAUUUUUAUAAUCUCCUCCCAUUAUGCGCGCCAAGGAUGGAGACCUAAACGAAUAACGAGAUAUCAGCAUCAAGGAGGAAAUCUGUCCUCGUCAUGGAACCAGAUUAAUUCGCGGAGAAUAACAGGGUCCAGGAUGUGAUUGGCGGAACAGGGCCACCCGAGACGGCACGAACAAAGGACUCGUCCUGGCGGCGGAGACGUAAUAGAUUAAUCAGAAGGCAUGUCUCGAAUGUCGCUGCGGUGCGCAGUCCUCGUCAGAAUCGGGGGAGAGACCGGCGGAGAUAUUCGCGCGGUGGAACGCGGUGGAAAGCGGUGGAAGGCAGCGGAACGCGGGUGAUUCUUGCGCUCCGCGUAUUCGAAGGAAAUCGACUCCGAAAAAUUUACGCGGGUCGCGUUUAAACGCGGAGAGUGCUUUUUCGGACACACCAAGAUGGCGGGGCCGGAUUUAUUUAAACGGCGUGUCGCGCUUGUGAAAUACGACGACGUCUUUUGGACGCGAUCCAAGGAGAAACGUUCGGUCGCGUUGAAAAGGAACCAAGAUGGCGUGACUGAUCCUUAAAGUGAUAGAUAAAUGUUUGGCGGACUCGAUCGAGUGAAACGCGCCCCAUGGACCCCGAAGGCGCGCUUUCAGCAUCGCGAGCGAGAACGUGACUGGUGCUCAAAGCGGCCUCCUCCGAUGGGGAUCCGCUACGAAAAUGUGAAAUUAAUUAAAUUUAAUUGUUCAUGUUGAUCCCUGAGACUGAGACGAAGUCUCCGCGAUAAAUCGAUUGCGGAACGAGCGAGAUGGAUGUAAAAUAGUAAUAAAAGGAGACUGUUCCCUUUUAAUCGUAAAUAUUAUAAAUAUUUGACAAGUUUUAUAUAUUAUUUGCCACGUGUCUUCUACACACAAUUUUCAAAAACUGUUUUGCAAAAUUAUUGUUAUAUUAAAAAAUAUAUAACAUAUUUAUUGCUGUUCCUUUUGAACGUAUUAUGAUUGAUAUGAUCUGGUCGCUUCAAUUAUUCUUAAUGGCUCUUGGAUUACUCUGAUAUUGUUUAAGAUCGACAACAGCGUUAUAUAGCCCAUGGCACAUGGGGUGCUCGUGACUCGGAAAUCUGCUCAAGCCUUUUUUGCAUCUCUUUUCCUCCCUCGGCAGUAUUCUGUUCUGGACUUAUAGAAUAAAUGUCAUUUAUUUCUCUUGAGGACCCUCUCGAUCCUGGCGUUUCAAGGCGGAGACGCAACUGUAGCGAUUCUGCUGUAGUGAUAAUAAUGUUAACUUGGUGUUUAAGAUUGGCGAGAUUAGGAGCGCCGCGAUGGCGCUCGACCUGAUGUACAGAGACCGUUGAGCAUACAGGAUGUUCUGAAAACGGUGUAUACCAGAAUCGGAUCGGAGCGGGGAAUUUCGAAAGCAAAUUUACCUUCGAAAGAAUUUAAUCUUGGAAAUCCUCUCUAUACGAAAGUUAGGAAGAGAUCAAGAUUUAGUCGGAUCAAGAAAUCCGAUAUUGAAUUUUAUUUCUCGAAAUGUUAAGAAUUAUGAUUUACUUAAAUAAGUUUCACUUUAUUGCUUCGUCGUAGACUGUUUAUUUUGCCGAAGAAGAUUUCGCGAGUUAAUUCCAGCUCCUCGGAAUGGUAUACGUCUCUUUUGGGACGCCCCGUAUAUCUAUAUAUAUAUAUACAUACACGUAUAUAUAAAUAUAUAUAUACAAACACACAACACGCAUAGAUAUAUACAUAUUAUAUGGCGCGUACACUAAAAAAAACCACUAAGCGAUGAAAAAUCGGUGAAAGUAGUUAUUUUUUAAAGGUGUCUUCGAGAUUGCGAUUCGAGCUGGCUUCGCCCUCUCAAGUAAUCAGUCGAUCUCUGCAGUCGAUAGACAUGCAACGGGAUGGAAAUCAAUCGGUAUUGUUUCUAUAAAAAAAAGAUUAAGUGUAACACUUGUAUAAAUUUGCGUGUAUAACAUCAAUCACUCAGAAAACGCUGAUGAGUUGAUGACGACUUAUCAUAACUGCAAGGUGGCGCCGGACGUGAAGACGGAAGAAUGCGCCCCGAGAAAGCGCCGAGUCCUAGGAGGGUCCUUUCAUCGUCAGAAGUACCAGACGAGGAAACUGGUUUCCUUUCCGUCGCCGUAAUCACGACGCGAUUCACGGAUGAACAGUGUUUGCCUUCCAGUCUGGCGACUCGCGAGGAUAUAGAAUCCUGCCUGUGUCCUUUAAGCUUUGCCGUCGAGGUAACUCGAAAUUUGUCUUCGCCUUCGAGCUUCGUAUAUAACAAUAUUUCAUCUUGUUCCGGGGGCAAGUAAUUUAUUUACAUUUUGAGAAAUUUCAGGCAAAACGAGAAUGUUUAAGACAAGAAGUGAAGAGAAACUUCUUAGUACGGCAAGGAAAAUAAAAAAUUGUUUAUUUCAGUUAGUUAAAAUUUAAUGUUUUGGACCACGUCGACAUCUGACAAACAUUUUACAAGUAAAUUAAUAAAACAGAUGUUUUUAACCAACAGAUGAUU